AUGCCGCCGGAACCAUUGCCUUGGGAUCGAAAGGACUUCUUCAAGGAGAGGAAGCACGAGAGGUCGGAAUCAGUUGGGUCUGUGGCGAGAUGGAGAGAUUCUUCUCAUCACAGAGACAUGAAUCGCUGGGGAUCCACCGAGUUUCGCAGACCGCCUGGUCAUGGUAAGCAGGGUGGUUGGCAUAUGUUUUCUGAAGAGCCCGCUCAUGGUUACGGGGCUUCCCGGUCUGGUGAAAAGAUGUUGGAAGAAGAUAGUCGGUCAUCGGCUUCACGUGAUGGUAAAUACGGCAGGAGCAGUAGGGACAAUAGAGGUCCCUUUGGCCAGAGAGAUUCAAGAGGUCAUUCGUGGGAAGCCACCAAUGGCUCCCCAAAUUUAUCCAGGAGAUCAUCAGAUAUGAAUACUGUCCGGAGGUCAUUUGAUGAUUCCACAACAUAUUCCUCUCAUCUACAUUCUGAUUUUGUGAAGACUUCGGAACAGCAUCACUUGAAAGACCAGCAUGAUAAGAUGAGCGGUGUCGAUGAGUUGGGAGCAGCACCAAGAUGUGAUCGAGAGAAUUCUUCAAUUGACUGGAAGCCACUAAAAUGGAACCGAUCUGGAAGCUUGUCUUCUCGAGGCUCCGGUUUUAGCCACUCAAGUAGCUCGCGGAGCAUGGCAGGGACAGAUUCCAAUGAAUCAAAGUCUGAUUUGAAACCCAAAAACAUCACUGCUAUUGAGUCUCAUUCAGGGGAAGGCACUGCAUGUGUGACAUCUUCUAUGCCAUCUGAAGAUACACCUUCUAGAAAGAAGUCUAGGCUAAAUUGGGGCGAGGGGCUUGCAAAGUACGAGAAGAAAAAAGUUGAUCCAGAAGCAAACAAAGAUGGCUCAGUCUCGUCUGCUGGCAAUAUGGAACCUUGUAAUUUCAUCAGUUCCAACUUAGUAGAUAAAAGCCCAAAAGUUACAGGAUUUUCAGACUGUGCAUCUCCUGCAACUCCAUCUUCUGUUGCCUGCAGUUCCUCACCAGGCGUGGAUGAUAAAUUAUUGGGAAAAAUUGCAAAUGCAGACAAUGAUUUAAGUAAUUUGAGUCAUUCACCUGCUCCUGGGUUCCAGAAUCACCUGCAGAAGUUUCAUCUUAACCUUGAUAAAUUGGAUAUUGACUCCUUGAAUAAUUUGGGCUCUUCAAUUGUUGAGUUAGUGCAGUCUGAUGAUCCAAGUUCUGAAGAUUCUUGUCUAGUUAGGUCCAAUGCAAUUAAAACGUUACUGAUAUGGAAAGCUGACAUUUCAAAGAUAUCAGUCUCCAGAAGCAUUGGGCUCCCAGCAGGCAGAUAG